AUGCGCUGUCAUCCGUCGUCGCCUGGGACUGUUCAGGACAAGCUAUGUGGACGCCUCUGUAGGAGGCGGUUGUUGACCGUGCUGAAGGUCGUCGUCUUCGCAUGGCCGGCACUGGGCUGGGUCUUCGGAGGCGGCAAAGUGCUUACCCGAAGCAGAAGAACGCUUGUACGGAGGAACGCGGACACGGAGGAUAGCCCAGAUGUCCAGCUCUACACUUUAGAAGUAGGUCGCACAGACCACUAUGUCUGGAAGGAUAAGGACAUCUUCGUGGGAAUUGUGGCUGAUGCUGGUGAGUGGACUGUCGACAUAGAUGCUGUCCGCGAUGGCUUCGACGAGGCUUGCGAGACUGGUACUGCUGAGCUGUUCUCUGCCCCGCUGAAUGUCGUCAAGGACUACGUCAAGGAGCUGACAUCCUAUGGACUUGCGGCACGAGCAAAGGAGGCGGCUGAAGGAGCGGACGAGAGCGCAUACAGCAGACGGAGUUUUCAGGAACUGUCACCAGAGCUGAAAGAAGCUGCCCAAAAAGGCGGUGGGGCUGCCGAGGCAGAGGCUUCCGGCAAGCCCAUGCAAAUUGUUCUUCACAAGUGUGAUCAUCCUACCCUGGAUGGUUCCAAGAGGGCCAUGCAAAAGUUCAAAGCGUAUGUGGAAUUGGCAACGGAUGCAGCCCAACGCUGGCUGCCAGAGGACGGCGAGCUGAAUCAGUGCUACGUGCAGCUAACAGGAAGCGCGGGCAAGGCUGUCUUGCUCACAAGCCUGACGCAAGAUGCUGCCAACCGAGCAGUCGACCAGCUCAGAUCGUCAGGCUUUGUUGCAGAGGCCAGAAACUGUGUCUCCCCACGAAGUGAGGAGUCUGAGACAAAUGUGAUGACCGUGUGA